AUGGUUUCUCUGAUGACUCGUCUGUGGCAACUAAUUAUUCCUGUGAUUGUCCUAUCACACUUCUCAGCAUCUCUUCCAACCCAGGAGAGGACAGAGAGACACGCUGAUGGGCUCUUCCACAGUGAGCUCAGCAAGAUGAAUGGCAAUGCUUACGUGAGGCAGCUCGUCAAAAACCUGGUGGGCCUCAAGGAGAGGUCCCAGAGGCACUCGGAUGGACUCUUUACCAGUGAAUACAGCAAGAUGAGAGGAAAUGCUCAAGUUCAGAAGUUCAUUCAAAAUCUCAUGGGCCGCAAGCGCAGCUCUCCAGGCCCAGUCAACACAGAUGUGCAGGGGAGAGAGGAAGAAAACAGCCAGGAGGAAAUAUGCUUUAUGUGGUUGUAUCAGAGUUUUCUCAACAGCAGCCACUCAGACAGUGAUGCCAGGGAUGCUGCUGCAAUCACCAGCCAGUACAUCUGCCCCAUCUCCAAGCAGCUGGUUGCACACAUGGAGGACGACACAGACAGCUUCAACUGA